GGCAGUCAGCGAGUGCAAGGGCGUUCUCCAGCUGUACAAAAGCCUCUCAUGUGUGAGCUGGUGAUCAGAGCAGCGCAGGGAUGUGCAUGCGUAUGUAUACGCAGCAAGGCGAGGUGCAAAUAUCCUCCCAGCCAGAUCAUCUCUUGCACAACUCUCUGACUCUGUGCAGCCCGGCAGACCUUUUGUUUUUUCCUCCGCUGCUCCUCUCCAAGCAUGCCUCCAGAGCAGAACUUCUGAAGAGCCGUUUCCUCCUGCACCGUUUCCUCCCACGCAUCUCCCUGAAAACAGUUCUCCCCAAGAAAAGGUAGUCACCAGCAGCAUGGUGGGGGUGACAGUGAUGAGGACGUGGAUUGAGCCAGUGGUCGCGGGUUCCCAAGUAGCCAGCGCCUUCUAUGACACAGCACUGCUGCUGGUGGUGAAGAACUACUACAACCAGACCAACACCACUGCUCCUUCCCAUGCACUGGAAGAUGCUCAGCAGAAGGCUGUCUCUAAUUUUUAUAUAAUCUACAACCUAGUCCUGGGCCUGAGCCCACUGGUGUCAGCCUACGGCUUAUCCAAGCUGGGGGACAGGAUACAUCGGAAGAUACCCAUCUGCUUCCCUCUUCUUGGCUACUUGGGCUCCAAAACUCUCCUGCUCCUCCUGAUGCUGCUGGGCUGGCCCAUCGAGGUGAUGUAUGGGGCUGCUGCCUUCAAUGGGCUGGCAGGCGGUUUCACCACGCUCUGGGCAGGCGUCAUGGCUCUGGCAUCCCUGGGGUCCUCCGAGAGCAGGAGGUCUCUGCGGCUCAUCAUUAUUGAGCUGGUGUAUGGCCUCGCUGGCUUUCUAGGAAGCAUGGCAUCUGGCUACCUCUUUGUUGGCUUCAGUGACCACUAUCGAGAUGGCACUGUGCUGGUGGGCUGCAGCAUCGCUUGCUAUGCUUUCUGCCUCCUCUACAGCAUUUUUGUCCUGACAGUCCCCAGGCCAGCUGCUUCCUGCCCAGCCAAAGCCAAGAGUGCAGAGGAGGUAGGCAGCCAGCUACCAGCCCACACAGGAACAGGAGCAGCAGCGGCAGGGAGUUCCCAACCUUCGGAGAGCAGCAGCUCCACUCCAGUAUCCCCCUCAAAACUACUCAUCAUCAUGCUGUUUGUGGCAGCCAUCCUCUAUGACCUUGCUGUCGUUGGUGCAAUGAACGUGCUCCCGCUCUUCUUGCUCAGGGAGCCUUUAAGUUGGAAUGCUGUGGAGAUUGGCCAUGGCAAUGCUGCUGGGUACGUGAUCUUCAUCACCAGCUUCCUAGGGGUAUUUGUGUUCUCCCAGUACCUGAGGGACAUUACCAUGAUCAUGAUUGGAGUGGCAUCCUUCAGCGCUGGCAUCCUCAUUAUGGCCUUCGUGCGGUGGACGUUCCUGUUCUAUAUCGCACGGGCAGUGAUGCUGUUUGCCCUCAUCCCCUUACCAACCAUCAGGUCCAUGUUAUCCAAGCAUGUUGAAGGAUCAUCCUAUGGUAAGGUGUUUGUCCUGCUGCAGUUGUCUUUAGUCACCACGGGAGUAGUGACAUCUACAGUCUAUAACAAGAUCUAUCAAAACACACUGAACUGGUAUAGUGGCUUCUGUUUCAUUUUGUCUUUUCUAGUCAGCUGCCUGAGUCUCCUCCCUUUAAGCAUUGUGGCCAUCAAACAACGUUCAACCACUGGCUCCCUUCAGAUUCUGACUGAGUGACAGAGGCUGUACCAGCUAAAGCGUCUUCUGGUCUUUAUCAACUCUUUGAGCUACCGAAGUGGAAGGUUUGCCAAGCAUUAGUCCCCACAAUUAUCAUCAUUACAGGAAGCACCUCAUUUGUGUUUCCAUUUCACAGCAUGCCAUGGCUUCUCAGCCACUGAGCUCACCCAUGACAAAGAAGUUUGCCUUGUUAUUUCUGCAGUACAUCAUGUUGCAGAGUACAUGCGUUGGCUAUUGCACACCAGCAGUCUUCAGAGAAUUUUGCUUUCCUGCUAGGCUGGUUAGCAAUAGUGCAGAGGGAUGAGAACAGGGUAGAAAAGAAGACACAUCCUUCAACGUUGAAGGGGAAAGCAGAGGAUCAGUUUUUCCAUUAGUUCCUUCUUGUCUGUUCCUUCAGAAACCUCAGAGCAGUUCUGUGACUUUGGCUGAUGAAGGAGGGGUCCACAAGCCACAUGCUGCAUGCACACGGUUGUCAGCAGGACAGACCUGCUCUCCAAGUGCUACAGAAGAUGUGUCAGCCCAGCUGAUCAAUGUUACUUAGAAGACCACUAAAUACAGAAAUACCACUGUAAAAAAAAAGUAAUAUAAGACACUUUUAGUAAUCCCUACAAUAAAACACUCCUGAAUAGAUGUUCAUGCCUCUGACUUCUGGGAGAUUGUCCCACUGUCCCUGGACAGUGCUUUAACAGAGCUCAUGGGAGGACACCUAUGACUCAAGAGCCAAUACCAGCAUUUCAACUCACACCACCAGGACAUAUCAGAUUAAGAACAGGUAAGUGCAGCACACUACUCCUACAGGCUUUACGAAGGUGUAGGGACACUAAUACCAGGUAAUAGUCACCUUAUUACCUCAGCUUUAUACUGGCUUGAAACCCCUACCAAAAGGAACCUCAUACAAUACAGCCGCUGGCAUGAGAUGUCAGCUCAAUCCAAAUAUGAUUCAAAAGACUGGCAUGCCCCAGAGGGAUGAGGGCUUAAAUUAUGUGUCUACUUACAUGCUAAUUGAAUUAACAAGGAUUAAGCAGCUUCCAAGCUCCUGGACUAAGUAAUGGCAAGUUAAAAGCCCUUCAGUAACUGAAAUCAUCUGGAGGCAAAUCAGGCAGCUUCAGUUCAAGCCAGGGAUGCAGCAAGCAGAAGCUGAUUACUCACUAUGCAAGCCCUUUCUGAGGAAGUUGCUGCCACCCCUGUUCCCCACAGACACACACUCUUGCAAUCUUUCCUCAGCUCCAGACUUCACUUUCAAGUAAUACCAAAUGUACUACAACAACAGACGGAUGACUUUUAGUUAAAUCAGCAGUGGAACAAGAUUUUAAGGGAAGAGUAUUUCUGGUAUUUCUGCAGUAUGAUAGUGAGCUGCCCAGCAAAAUAAGUGCACACG